CGCAAUGUAUUUAUUACUCUAAUUACAAGUUUGGUUUUUGGAAGAAGACGCAAACAGAACUCCAUAACUCGACGGAUAGUCCACAUCCGUUGUUGGUAAUAGGAUUAUGUUGACAUUACAGUUGUUCCGGAGCAAAUAGUUUGGCUGUCGGAGGCAGGAUGACACAAAAUAAACAUUAAAAUGACUUGACUCCCGGAAAUUCAAGCUACUCUUCGCAAUAUUUGGACAAAUACUCGCUGAUGACAGGACGGUUUGGGAUUGUUCUCGGUACGAAAUCUCCAGCUUCUUAAAUAUCAGCAGCUGGGAGGAAACAAGAGCAACAUUUGUCCGUGACAUCGGCUAUAGUGGAGCGGGACGUCGGUGUGAGGGGAGCGGGGAGCGGAGUGGUAUCGGUGUCCAUACCCGGGCUUGUGGAGGACAGCAUGGUUGCGGGAAAGGGAGCAGGAAAACCCGUCUCGCUAUGGGACAAUAUGCGGAUACGGUUCAUCGUUUGCUUCCUCGGAGUCUUUGUGUGUUACUUUUAUUACGGAAUAUUACAAGAAACAAUUACCCGUGGUGAAUAUGGUCAAGGAGACAAAAAGGAGAAGUUUAUAUUUGCCCAGACAUUGGUGUUCAUCCAGUGCAUUAUCAAUGCUCUGUUUGCUAAGAUCAUGAUCCAGCUCUUUGAGAGCUCCAAACCGGAUCACACCACGAGCUGGCUCUAUGGAUUGUGUUCCCUCUCUUACCUUGGAGCCAUGGUGUCUAGUAACUCUGCCCUUCAAUAUGUUAAUUAUCCCACACAGGUACUGGGAAAAUCCUGCAAGCCCAUACCAGUGAUGUUGCUUGGAGUUACAAUACUGAGGAAGAAGUACCCACUAGCCAAGUAUCUGUGUGUGCUGCUGAUUGUGGGUGGUGUGGCGAUGUUCCUCUACAAACCCAACAAGAGUUCAGCUGUGGCAGACGACCAUGCAUUUGGAUUUGGGGAGAUUCUGCUGCUGCUGUCUUUGACAUUGGAUGGUUUGACUGGUGUGACCCAGGACCACAUUAGGUCUCGCUUCCAGGCGAGUCCCAACCACAUGAUGCUAAACAUCAACAUGUGGUCCACUUUGGUGCUGGGACUAGCUGUGUUGUGGACAGGGGAGGUGUGGGAGUUCCUGAAUUUUACUGAACGCCACCCCAGCAUCUUGUACAACAUUCUUCUCUUUGGACUGACCAGUGCUUUAGGGCAGACCUUCAUUUUCAUGACGGUGGUGUACUUCGGGCCUCUGACCUGCUCCAUUGUCACCACAACAAGGAAGUUCUUCACAAUCCUUGGCUCUGUUCUUCUGUUUGGCAAUGUCAUGACUACAAUGCAGUGGUUUGGCACCCUUCUAGUUUUCCUUGGUCUUGGACUGGAUGCUAAAUUUGGCAAGACCCCCAAGAAGACAACACACUAAACCAUCUGGAGCACAAAGAAAGAUUGCAGAGCAAAUGCAAAGACUUGACGGACAGUAUCUUAUUUUCUUAAAACAUCCUGUUUUAUUCGGGUACAGUCAGAUUUUUAACGUUAACUGUAUUUAAAAGAAAAAGAAAGAGAGAGUCGUCAUAGUUUUCAACUCCAUCGUCUGUCAUGUACUGUUGAUAUAUAUACUGUAAAGACAUUUUUUCUAGGGAACAAGCUCUAAAUGAGAUCUGAUGCGCACAUUUUUUGACCACCGGUUUAUGGAGGAAUGUGGACUGAAAGUUGCAGCUGUAAAAUGCCUAUGUUUAGACGAAUCCGCAGCUGUAAAAUGCCUAUGUUUAGACGAAUCCUCAUUUUUUUGAAAACCAUCUCACCUCCAUUUGACGGAAGUUGAACCAAACAAAGCUUAAGAAAAGUAUAUAUGCAUUUAACCAAUGAAGUUACCACCAAACAAGGCCUGAUUAACUACAAAAAACAGCCAAGUGUCGUUACCUCCAGUCUCACUACUCAGUUGUUUGUACUUUUAUUUUGUAGUUCAAUGUUCAGUUGCCAUAAAAGGGAAGUUGUGAUAUUUCAUUGUCAUUUUGUUUUUAUGUCCCAGACUUGAUUUGUUUUUAUAAAAUGCUGUUUAUUGACUAUUCUUGAGCAUAAAAAUCUUGUGUCUCAAA